GUAAUGGCAUUAUCAGGAGCAUCAACCAGAUGAUGUAUUCCAUGCUCCAAAUUGGAUAUACGAAGUGGAGUGAGAUCCCUCAAGAAGACCAAGAGUUGUGGUUUCGUCAAUUUGCGCAAGAGUUCAACUGGCACCCCGAUCACACGGAAACAGUCCGUAUUAGAUUCAAAGCUAAGGCCAUGGACUCUUAUACAAAGCAGGUGAACGCGUGGAAGAAAGUUUGGCAGAAGAACAAGAGGCCACGGAACAUCAACGGGAGGGUGUUCGAGCAGUUGAUAGUUCAUUGGCAGAAGGACGAAACUGCAGAGACGUCUUCUAGGAACUCUAAGAACCGGAAGAGCGAUCGUGGCGGGAAAGGUAUGUAUGUGCACAACCUCGGGGCUUGCUCUAUGUCUACUAAGGAGGAUGAACUUAUCGAAGCAAAUGACGGUAAUCCCGUUGAUCGACUCCAACUCAUUAAGGUGGCUCACACUAACAAGAAGACGGGUCAAAUUCAGGACCUCUUGAUCAAAGAUGUCGUUGAUUUGGUGGAAACUGAAAUAGCAUCUCAAUCUCAGCCUCUCUCUGAUGACGGCGAUUCAGUGGGAGCUUCAACCAACUUGUCCCGAUUGCAAAUAAAUGAGAUGGUUGAAAAGGCUGUUCCUAAAAGGAAAGGAGGCUUUUUAGUUGGAUUGGCCCGCCGUGCUUCUUCGUAUCCGGCAUCUUCUUCGCAGGCUCCGUAUGCCGAUCCCAUGAUUCUCGAGGAGCUACAUGACAAAGGUGAACGGAUUGUGGCAUUGGAGGAGCAGAACGCCACUAUCCAAGCUGAGAAUGCCACUAUCCUUGCUGAGUUGGCAUCCCAAAAGAAGACCAACGCCGAGAUAAUGGAGAAGCUAAACCGUUUAUUUGCUUCGAGUUCUUAGUUUUUUUCUGAAUUUUAAAACUUUCUUAAUGUUUUUUUUAAUAUUUCGGUUUGUAUGAAUUUAAAUUCUAUAGUAUUA